CUGAAUUCCAACCUCAUUUUUUUUCUGUAAAGGGACCAACAACGGCCACAGGAUAACGAGGCAGCCGUAUACGGAACAAUCGAUAACAUCUCACUCACACUCACUCCAGAUAAUCAAUAAUCCAUCAUGAAUUUCUUCUUCACGUCUCAGAUUUCAAACCCUGCUUCCUAAUACUUCCUUCAUUCCCAAAUGACAAGUUUCAUCAGAUUUUCUACCUUCAACAUACUACACAACAAUUUUUGCAACAAACCCACCAAAUUCAAUCCUCUUCCCCCUCCCAAGGUUGUCAUCUACAAUCCAAGUGGGCUUCGUUUGAGGUUUUAUGGACGGAGAUUGUUCUUUCCGGGUGGUGGUUGGGUUGAACAACGGGUUUUUGGAAAACAUAGAGGGUUUAAGGGAAAAAGAGGGCGGCUAAUUGUUGCAAGGUUUAAUCAGGGUUUUGGGUUUAACGGCGGCGGCGGUGACGGCGGAGACGAUGGGGCAACUGCAAGGCUUCUGGGUAAUAUUGCUUUGGCUGCUGGCUUAACUUACCUUUCGGUGACAGGGCAGCUUGGCUGGGUUUUGGAUGCCAUUGUUUCCAUUUGGCUUGUUGCAGUUCUUGUACCAAUUGUUGGAGUGGCCGCUUUUAUAUGGUGGGCAGGACGUGAUAUAGUUCAAAGCAAUUGCCCUAACUGUGGAAAUGAAUUUCAAAUAUUCAAAUCAACACUAAAUGAAGAGCUGCAACUGUGCCCUUUUUGUAGCCAACCUUUCUCUGUGGUGGAUGACAAGUUUGUGAGGGACUCGGUGACGUUCUCCAAGAAAACUUCUUCCACCUUUGGACAGGCUUUUAGUGACUUUACUUCUCCCAGAAAAGGGAAGGAAACUUCUGGUGCAGUUGUCGACAUAGAAGCAGAAGUAAAAGAUGUGGACUGAACUCAUCUUGUUAGUAGUCUUCAGAAGCACAUCAAAAUUUAGGGGGACAAGAUCAGUUGGUUCAAUUGGGUUUGCCAGAUUGAAUUAAUUUUUGACACUGGAGAUCUUUGUAUAUUCGUUAUAUGUUCUUCAUGGGUAGAAUUUCCAAUUCUGAAACAACUGUAGAAAUUUGUGAAAUGCCUUCACUUUUUGUAUAUUGAUUUUGAUACAAUAAGUCUAAGGUACAGGCUUUACUCUAUAACUAAUAAAGACUGAUGGACUACAACAUAAA